GCCAUGGGCCAGGAUUACUACGCGGUGCUGGAGCUGGGCCGCGACGCCUCGCUGGCCGACAUCAAAGCGGCCUACCGGAGGCUAGCCUUGAGGAACCAUCCCUCCAAAUGCAGAGAGCCCUGGGCACCACGGAGGUUCAGGCAGCUGGCAGAGGCCUACGAUGUCCUCAGCGACCCCAUGAAGAGAGGCAUCUAUGACAAGUUUGGAGAAGAAGGGCUGAAAGGAGGCAUCCCCUUGGAGCUUGCUGGUGACAACCCCUGGUCUGUUGGCUAUGUGUUUCACAACAACCCUGACAAGGUCUUCAAGGAGUUCUUUGGUGGAGACAAUCCCUUUGCAGAGUUCCUUGCUGAGGAUGGCUCAGAGCUGUUCCUGCCCUUCGGGGGGCUGCGUGGCCGUGGGGCUGUGCAGCAGGAGCCUCCUGUGCUGAGGGAGCUCCACCUGGGCCUUGAGGACCUCUUCCAUGGCUGCACCAAGAAGAUUAAGAUCUCCCGCAGGGUGAUGAAUGAGGAUGGUCAGACCAGCACCAUACGAGAUAAGAUCCUCACCAUUGAUGUGCAGCCAGGCUGGAGGCAGGGCACCAAGAUCACCUUUGAGAGGGAAGGGGACCAGGGCCCAAACCUCAUCCCAGCUGACAUCACCUUCAUUGUGCAAGAGAAGCAGCACCCAAGGUUCAAGAGAGUCAAGGACAACCUCAUCUAUGUUGCCACCAUCCCCUUGGGAAAGGCCCUGGUUGGCUGCACAGUGGAUGUGAGGACACUGGAUGGGAGGCUCUUGAACAUCCCCAUCAAUGACAUCGUGGACCCCAAGUACUGUAAAGUGGUGCCAGGGGAGGGGAUGCCACUGCCCCAGGACCCCCAGCACAAGGGUGACCUCCUCAUCUACUUCAACAUCUGCUUUCCCAAGAGGCUCACCCCCCAGAAGAAAAUGCUCUUGAAAAGGGUUCUCCUGUCCUAG